AUGGACGGUCACAAUGGCAUCGAAGCCUUGCUGUGCAGGGCCGCGUCCCGUGUCCUCAAAAGGGAUGAAUCUGAGGUUGAGGCACAGAAAUCUCUCGUCGAACAAGGCGGUGAUAUGCUGUCAGGAGUUUUCUUUGCUGGGCAAUGUAGGGAAUUCGGUCUCCUGGUCGACGUGGCACAUGCCUCCAGUAUGUCUCUGCGUGACAUAGCACGGCAGCUGGUGGAGAUCAACCCGGAGCUGCUGCAAUUGAGCACUAAAGCCGACCCCAAGUCUGUCGCAGUCCCAAACACUCAGCUCCAGAGCCUGUACCGUACCUUUGGGUCGGCACAGGGCUUCAUAUUGGAUGUUGAGGCCCCCAUCUCGCUCCACGAUGCUAAUCGCAUGCUGGAGAGACUGGUCAGGAUCCAUGUAAUUCUUGGGGCUUCCCUCGAGUCUGAACAAGAGAUUGCCUAUGUCCUGUCAGACACCACACCAUCUCUGUCAACGACUCUGGUGCCAUACGAAUCCGACGAGAAAGCCAUCGCCCAAGUGAAAAACCUUGAGGAGGAGGCUGCAAGGACAAGGCCAAGCCCACAUGCUCUCAGCGUCCUCUUGUUUGGACAAGAAUCCCGGAUCAGGAAACUCGGACUCGUGGCACACAGCGCCGCUGUGGACGCCCACUCAUGGCACGUUCUUCUACGAGAUAUCCAGGCAUAUACAAUCCAAUCUCAUGACUUGAGUGCCCCGUCUUACACCUUCUCCGACUGGGUGGAGAGAGCGAAUCAGGGCACGCGAAAGAAAGCCGAGUCUGUUAUCGGGACUGAGCCCUCCUUGCCCUCAGGGUCACCGCCACCGUCGCCCCCUUUGUCGCUGCCGAAAGAUCAAUCCUUGCCGCAAACCGGCGUCGCCUCAUCUCACACCUUCAGUUUGAGCUUGGAAUUGACGGAGGCACUCGAUAGUGAGGCAUGCCACCGAGCAUUGCGCACAGAGAUUCACGAUCUGAUAUUCGCAUCCUUGUCCUCCUCCUUUGGAGGCCAAUUGCCAAGCCCAGCGAGACACGUCGAGAUCAGGGAUGGUCGGCCCUACGAGGAGAAUGACGCGUGGGCCGGUGUGAUUGGUUGCUUUGACGAGCUUGUUGACAUAGUCUAUCACUGCACUGGAGAGGAGGAAGAUAUGGUCUAUACGUGCCGCAACGCGAAAGAUUCGAGGCGAUGUUCAUCCUCGAGCUCUACCCACCACGACCAUUUCCACGACUCCAAUAUCAUCUUCGACUCAACUCGGCUCAGGAGACAGCAGGACGUCACAAUCAACAAAGCGAUACAGUCGACUGACCAAGUGCCCGGGCGCCGUGCUGCCGAGGUCCUCGCACACUCCAUUGGCGGGCUCUACCUGGCUCCUUUCUGGAUCGAUGCAAGACUAAGCUUUUUGGUCGUGUGCGGUAUCACAUCCGGAGCAGAAAUGGAUCUCAAGCGCCAUUCUGAAAAGUUCGUCAGCCAUCUACAAGACUUGGUCGCAACGUUGACCAGCUGUCCCCGACCUUUGCCCACCCUCUCCGAUUUCCCCUAUGUCUCAUAUGACUAUCCAUCUCUGGACCACCUUUUCGAGCAUCAAUUGCUCCGCAUCACCCCAAAUCCUGUCGCCGACAUUUGUAACAUCUAUCCAUGCACGGCUAUACAGGACAACAUGCUCAUGGGCAAUUCCCUGGACAAGGGAGCAUACAUAUGCAGCUUCACUGCCAGAGCCACCAUGUCAGGCGCUGUCGCAUCUUUCGACGCUGCGAAAUGGGCCAUGGCAUGGAACAAAGUCGUCGAGAAGCACUCGUCCCUCAGGACUGUGUUCGUCGAGAGCAAAAGUCGCCUGGGCCACUUUGACCAGAUCGUGCUCAGGAAAGUGGCCCCGCCGGUCGAUAUCAUCACUUCAGGGGUUCUUGAGCCAGUGCAGGUUGAAUUUCAACCGUUUGAGGUACCGCAUCAUCUGGGCAUUAUCCAGGAAGGCCCUGGACGGUGUCUUAUUGUGCUGACCAUGUCCCACGCCAUCACCGAUGGCCACUCUGCGGAAGUCAUUCUCAACGACCUGAGCGCCUCUGCUAUGGGUCGCCUAGGCGCCGUUGAGAAGUCGUUCUCCUACGCCGAGUACGCCCUUAGCGAGUCCCGAUUGGGAAAGGCACAUAGUGUCUCGGAGCUUUAUUGGCAGGAAUACCUCUCAAGGACGCAGGCAACACUCCUCCCAGUCACGCGGGAGAAGGCUGGACUACACGAUUUCCAAAGCAUACAUUCCAUCAUGCCCGUCAAAUUAGUAUCCAUGGACCGGCUAUGUCGACGGCACAAAAUCAAUUUGGCCAGUGUCUGCCAGGUCGCUUGGGGAGUGGUGCUGCGAAGUUACCUCGGCGUCAACGACGUGUGCUUCUCGUACAUAUCCUCCCUGCGAAACAAGCCCAUAAAGGGCAUCAUGACGGCUAUUGGCCCGCUCAUUACCACACUUCUUUGCUCUACGAACUUGGACGGGGACAUGAAUAUCCUGGACGCUAUUAGGGGUAUCGAAUCUGACUACGCAGAUAGUCUGUCCCAUGAGGCAGAGCUCUCCAGCACCACUUCUGUUCGUCGUUGGAGCAAUACCGUCAUGUCAUUCCGUCGCAAACUUGUGCAGGCUGAUGGACAGCUUCAUGGCUUCGGUUACAAGCUCAUCAAAGGCACCAGCCCUACAAACGUAAGUGCAGAUCCUCCGAGCAUCCAAAGACCGACGGCUAACUCGGGCCAGUAUGAUGUUUCACUUGUAGUUUCAGCGGGUCAAUCCGACAUGGAGAUUACGCUGGAUUACUGGGCAUCUCGGAUGGACAGAGAAUACGCCCAGCAACUUCUUGACAGCUUUCAGGAGGCUAUCCACUCCAUCUUUCGAGACAUCGGCACCAGCGUGUCCAGACUCGAGUUGAUCAGCCAAGCUCAGAAGCAGCGGAUCUUGAAGAGAAAUUCUCGUGUUCCUGAGGCUCUGAACCGAUGCGUCCAUGAGCUCAUCAAUGAGCGUAUCCAAGAGCAGCCAUCGGCUGUUGCCAUUGACGCUUGGGAUGGCAGCUUGACAUACAAGGAGUUGGAAGAAUGCUACUCCCACCUCACUCAGCAUUUAUUGAAUAUUGGUGUCAAACCAGAAGUCCCAGUGGGGAUCUGCAUGGACAAGUCCAAGAUCGCGCCAGUCGCCAUGCUUGCCAUUCUCCAGGCGGGCGGAGCUGUUGUUCCCAUCGGGGUACAGGAACCAAUUGCUCGUGUCCGGUCUAUUCUUGCCGACUCGUCCCCGGUGGCUGUGAUCACGGAUGAGAAGCAAGGCAGCCGUCUUUCUGGACUGGGUAUACCGAUUCUGAACAUAGUUGAUAUUAUGGCGGACGAGUCACCAAUUAUUCCAUCAUCAGCAGCGACGACGGCAGCGGCAGCAGCAACAACGACAACAACACCGACAACAACAACAACAACAACAACAACAUCGACAUCAACAAACACACAAGAGUCGCGGCCCGAGCCGGAGAACACCGCAUGGAUCUUCUACACGUCUGGCUCCACUGGGAAACCAAAGGGUGUAUUGGUACAGCAUCAAGCCCUGGCAACUAGCAUGAUCGCUCAUGGCGUUGCGCUGAACCUUUCACCGGGGGAUAGGGUACUCCAAUUCGCGGCGCACACGUUUGACGUUUCCCUGUCCGAACUGUUCACCACGCUCAUUUACGGCGGUUGUGUCUGUAUACCCAAUGAGACGGAUCGCUUUAACGACCUAGUAGGUUCAGUGCUUCGUCUACAGACAAAUGUUCUCUCCCUCACCUCGAGCAUGGCAUCGACUAUUCGACCCGAGGACGUCCCAGGGGUACGAAAACUGAUUCUGUUUGGGGAAGAAGUCAAAGCAAGCGUAUUAGAAGCCUGGCUGGGAAAGGCAGACAUCUUCAAUGCCUAUGGUCCAACCGAGAGCUCUAUAUUUGCUAGUGUCAGCAAACCGCUGGAGAGCGUGGCAGACCGGUCGAACAUUGGUUUCCCCAUGAACGUUAACUUUUGGGUCACCGAUCCGCAGAACCCCGGACGGCUAUGUGGUCCCGGAGUUCCGGGUGAGCUAUUGAUCGAGGGGCCACUGCUCGCCCGGGGCUAUCUCAACGACGAAGCCAAGACAUCUACUGCUUUCGUCCGUGAUCCAGCAUUUGCAUCGUUAUUGGGACUGUAUCCUGGGAGACGUUUCUACCGAACAGGAGAUAUCGUGCGUCAAGAGGGCGAUUCAUCCAUGAGCUACAUUGGCAGACGAGACACGCAACUCAAGAUUCACGGCCAACGACUGGAUGUGACCGAGGUCGAGCACUGGAUUAUAGAACUCCUGGAUGUUGUCAUUCGGGCCGUGGUGGACCUUGUGCCCGCCGUUAGGAACGAUUCCACGUUGCAUGCAGGAGGUGUCGUCCUGUUUGCUGCGGUCGAGUUCUCCAAACGGUCCGCGGCCCAUGCCCCCUCAGGGACUGGAGAUAUUCUCCCGGCAUCGGAUGAGCUUCGCGAGGAAAUCAACUUGCUGCGGAAUGCAUUGCAAGAAAAGCUACCCUCCUAUAUGAUCCCCACCUUCUUCAUUCCUUUCGGACGUAUACCCCUAACGGCGUCGGCCAAGACGGACCGCGGAAUGGUUCGCCGGUUGAUUGGCGAGCUGAACACGACCGCUCUCCAGGAGUACAUGUACGUCUGCGAGGACUCAAGCGACAAUGACCAGCUGCUGCUCACGGAGACUGGGCAAAUGCUCAAGGCUCUGUGGGCAGCUGUUCUCAACGUAAGCAGCUCAUCAAUCAGAGCGAGCGACCACUUUCUUUAUAGAGGAGGAGACUCUCUCCUAGCUAUAAAGUUGGUUGAUAUGGCUCGACGGGAGCACAUCCACAUAACGGUCAAGGAUGUGUUGGAGUUCCCAAGACUUCAAGACCUGGCCAGAGUUCUCGACGAACGUAACGCAGCUGGUAAGGCUCUUGUGGACCCUGCUCAGGAUGGAAAAGAGAGCGACCCCCCCCCUUUCUCUCUCUGGCAGCCAUCCUGGGGCGAUACGGGGUCGGACCUGGCAGAUAUUGCCACCCAGUGUGGCCUCAGUACUGGAGACGUUGAGGAUGUCUACCCGUGCACCUCAUUACAGCAGAGCAUGUUGGCUGCCACGGAGCAACGUCCGACAGCGUACCGUGUCCGUCUAGUCUUUGCCAUCGCGGAUUCUAUCGAUAUCACACGCUUCCGAGAGAUGUGGAACGUCAUGGCGCAACGGAACCCCGUCAUGCGAACUCACAUAUUACUUGGGCACCGCUCAGGACCGUUGCAGGUGCUGUCCAAGAAGGCUCCCACAUGGCAGGCCCACGAAGAUUUGGACAAGUAUGUUGCAGAGGACCAAGCGCGCCCCAUGGGCGUAGGACAGCCGCUCGUUCGUUUUGCUUUGGUGCACCAACAGGCGAAGGGUGUUUCUUAUUUUGUGUGGACCGCGCAUCACUCGGUCUACGACGGCUGGAGCUCCCAGCUCAUCUAUAGGCAACUGGCGGCUCUCUAUCUCGGUGACAAACUGCCUCCUUCCGUCCCUUUCACAAGGUUCAUUGCGUACCUACAGCGCAGAAAAGAGUUCGAUAGGAUCAAGACGGCCUCCUACUGGCGCGAACAGCUUGGAGGAGAUACCCCGUCCGCCUUUCCUGCCAUGUCGGCUGCUUUCUACCAACCAAAGCCUACCGCCUUGCUUCGCUCCGAGAUUGACACGUCGGUGUACGAUCCUUCGAGGUCUGAGCUGUCACUUGCUGACGUCCUGAGGGCUGCUUGGGCCAUGACCCUAGUCCAGUACCUGGGCACCAGCGACGUGGUCUUUGGCGCAAUUCUUUCCGGACGAAACGCCCCCGUCACGGAGAUCACGGAGCUGAUUGCGCCCACCAUCACCACUGUGCCGGUUCGAGUGCAGGUCGAUCGGGCCUCGACCGUGGCUGCUUAUCUUGCAAAGAUACGGUCCCAGGCGAUAGAGAUGAUACCAUUUGAGCAUACGGGAUUGCAAGAGAUCAAACAACUUGGUCCUGAUCUCGGACCCGUCACGGAUAUCAAACAUGCUCUUGUCAUCGAACCCCCCUAUGCUCGGGAUGGAGAGGGCGCCACUGAAUUUCCCGGCUUGCAGCUGGUGCGCACGGAUGUGAACGCGUUUGACACAUUUGCUCUCACCAUUCAGUGUCAGCUCCCAAGCCAGCAAGGGGGCCCGGUCAAGCUCGAGACUCGUUACGACAGUCACAUUGUAAGCGAGGCACAGGUGGCGGUGCUUCUUGGACAGCUGGGACACUGGGUUUCGCAGUUCCUCGACGAGACGAAUCACCAGAGGCAGCUGCGCAGCCUGGAGGAGAUUACCUCAACCGAUCUAGCCCAAAUCAAGAAACAGAAUGCGAGGAUACCCGUGCGAGAUUUGACCUGCUUGCAUCACCUGAUCAGGGAUGUAGCCCAAGAACAGCCCGAUUCGCCGGCGGUGUGUGCCUGGGACGGCAACUUCACCUACAAGGAACUUUGGGCCCACGCGAGGAGACUUGCGCAGCAUCUUUCCAGCCUCGGAAUCCGGCCCGAGUCCAGCGUGGUAGUUUGUAUGGAUAAGUCCAGGUGGACUGUCGUGACGAUCCUCGCCAUCCUGGAAGCGGGUGGUGUCGUUGUCAUGCUACGCUCGACGUAUCCUCUGGAACAAGCCAAAGCACUCAUGGAGGAUUGUCGAGCGGCUAUCCUAUUGACCAACGCAGGGCACACUGACCGGCUUGCUGGCGCAAGACCUGGAAUCCACCUGGUGGAGGUGGAUGAGGCUUUGCUGGCCAGCCUCCCAGACCCGAGCGUGGAUGGACCCAUAUGCGCAAACCUUACCCCUGACCAUGCCGCAUGGAUUGUGUACACAUCGGGGAGCACAGGGCUACCAAAGGGAUGCCUUCUGGUCCACGGCGGUCUUGCUACCAGUCUGCCGGCCCACGGAAGAGCAACACGUUGGCAUAAGGGAUCCCGCACCCUCCAGUUCGCAUCUCACGAGUUCGAUGUCACUCUGCAAGAAAUCAUGACGACACUCAUCAUGAAAGGAUGCGUGUGCAUUCCCUCGGAAGACCAACGCAUCAACUCCCUUCCCCAGGCCAUCAGGGACAUGAAUGUCAACCAGAUGGUGCUGACCCCAACCGUGGCCUCCAUGAUCAAUCCGGACGAUGUGCCGUGCAUAGCCCAGAUUCAAGUCGCCGGCGAGCUGAUCAAGCCCGGUGUCGUCGAGCGGUGGAUCGAUCACGCCGAGGUGGUGAAUAUCUACGGACCGUCCGAAUGCUCCGUGUACUCGUCCUGCGGCCGGCCGAUGCAGAGACUCGAAGACGCGCCCGUCAUUGGAUACCCGCUGGACAACUGCAACUUUUGGAUCACGAGCACCACCGACCACAACCGCCUUUGUCCCAUUGGCAUCCCCGGCGAGCUUCUCGUGGAGAACUCUUGGCAGGCCCGGUGCUAUCUCAACAACCCGGAGCUGACGGCGCAGUGCUUCGUGGUGGACCCCGGCUUCGUCAAGCAACUUGGCCUGGACGGGGAUGGCGCCGGGAGGCGGAUGUACCGGACCGGCGACAUUAUUCAGCAGAAUCCCAACGGAUCCUACACUUAUAUUGGCCGCAUGGGGAACGAGGUCAAGUUCCGUGGGCACCGAGUAGAUCUGGGCCGGAUCGAGUACUGGAUCGGCAAGCUCCUCGCUGGGGUGCAGACGAUUGUGGUCGAUCUGGUCGAUCUCCAGGCUGGCAAGAAAGCGAAUGAUCUUGUCGCGGUGGUGGACUUCUCCGAAGACUGUGAACUGCUUGACGACCUUGAUCCGACGGCGACGGAGGAGAUCCAUGGUGUCACCAUUCUUGCCCCUUGCAGCAGAAUUCAAAAGGCCCUGUGUAGCCUCAGGGAUGGGUUAGCAGACAAACUGCCGAGCCACAUGGUGCCGACGGCCUUUAUGCCCUGGAAGAAGAUCCCCCUGACAUCGUCUGGCAAGACAGACAGGGGCGCUGUGCGUCAGCUACUGACGAAUCUCGAGCCAGGCUCGUCCUUGUUACAGCGCUAUCUGGCUAGUGAGGGCGUCAAGACAAGCCCUCAAACCAAGAUUGGCAAGCAACUUCAACAGCUAUGGGCCGAUGUCCUCUCGAUCGAUGCCGACUCCAUCGGUACCCGAGACCACUUUACGCGACUCGGCGGUGAUUCCCUGGCCGCCAUGAAACUUGUCGCAUCGGCUCGUCAAGUCGGCCUUCGUUUGACCGUCGCCUCUAUCUUUACGCACCCCGUACUGGAGGAGUGCUCUCGCAUCCUGGAAGCCGAGCAGGAGGCCGGCCUCGUCGUCGAAGCCGCAGAGCAGAACGACCCUGCUCCUUUUGAAUUGAUGCCAGAGACGCCAGGCGGCCCUGCCGGGUUUGAGUCCCGACUGGCAGACUUUGCUUCUCAAUGCCGGGUGGCUCCUCACCAGAUUACAGAUGUGUAUCCUUGCACGCCUAUGCAAGAAGCGCUCUUCGCCAUCACCGCACGGCAGCCGACGGCCUAUACAUAUCGCCAGGUGUUCCGAGCCAGGGAGCAGAAGCUUGACACUGCCAGGUUCCAGGCUGCAUGGGAGGCGGUAGCCAGGACACUGCCCAUCCUCCGCACUCGCAUCGUGCUGGAUCGCAACAGUGGCUUUCUCCAGGCAGUCGUUGACGAGCCCCUGGUGUGGCACAUGGGUGGCGAUCUGGACAGCUAUCUUGCCGCAGACAAGGUCGCCAGCUUCGAACCGGGCAAGCCUCUUCUUCGCUGUGCUAUCGUGGAGGAGCCGCGCUCGGGGGCCAAGUGCUUUGUCUUGACCACACACCACAGCAUGUUUGACAAAUGGAGUAUGGAGAGGAUCCUGUCCCGCUACCUCUACCCGGCCUUGUCCGGAAGUGAGCUGCCAAAGGCUGUCCCGUACCCGAGAUUCAUUCGCCACGUCCUAGACAUUGACGUGGACGCUGCGUCACGAUACUGGACCCAGACGUUGGCCGGCGUCGAUGAGGAUUCCUUUACCGACUUUCCCUCGCUCCCGUCUUCUCUUGGCUUCUAUGAACCCAAGCCUACCUCGGUCCUGAAGCAGACCGUCCGUAUAGGUGGGCCCGCCGUCGCGAGACUGCAAACGCCCUUCCCCAGUCUCCUCAGGGCCGCAUGGGCCUUGACGGUAGCCCAGUAUGCUGGCGUCCAAGACGUCGCGUUUGCGGUCAAUCUUUCAGGCCGCUCGGCGCCCAUAGCAGAGAUCACAGAGCUCGUGGCACCCACGCUGACAACGGUCCCCGUACGGAUCAACGUACACGGCCGGCAAAGGGUCCAGGACUUUUUGGACUGUGUUCACCGCCAGGGCAUAGAUAUGAUUCCAUUCGAGCACGUGGGACUUCAGAGGAUCAAAAGGCUCGUUCCCAAUUUCAACCCGGCGGACCUCCGACACUUGUUCCUCGUACACACGGCAGCCGAUGCGGCCCUGGACGAAGCGGCGCUUCGCAUGUCCGUCUUUGAGGAGGUGCACAUGAAGAUGGAAGCGCUCGAUAACUACCCCCUCGCCGUCCUGUGCAGAUUGGAUGAGCGCCAGGGGGCGGCGGAGGUGUCGGCUCGCUUCGAUCAGGCCGUCAUCCCCGACGUCCAGCUCCAGUCGGUGCUGCGACAGUUCGAGCACAACGUCUCCCAGCUUGCUGUACAUGCCACCUCGGAGACGCAGGCGGUGGGAGACCUGGCUCUGAUCAACCCAUACGAUCUGCAAAAGGUCGACGACUGGAAUCUCACCGGCGAGUGGCCGUCCCUUGGUUGCGUCCAUGACCUGGUCAUCAAGACGGUUCGAACCAGCCCUGACGCCCCAGCGGUCAGCGCCAGGGACGGGGAACUCACCUAUCAGCAGCUUGAUCAAGCAGCCAGAUGCCUCGCCCAGCUGCUGCUGGCAGAGGGGUGCGUUGGCACUGAAGUGGCCGUCGGGCUCUGCAUGGACAAGUCCCGAUGGGCCAUGGUGGCCAUACUUGCCAUUCUUUACGCCGGCGGCGCCGUGGUGCCGCUGGGCGUGCAGCUGCCGCCGCAAAGAAUCCGGUUCAUCCUGCAAGACGCGUCCCCCGCCAUGGUGCUCUGUGACGAGGACAAGGUGGAUAGAUUCCCGGCCUCGUUGGGGGCCAAACUCGUUACCGUCAACGAAGCAACACUCGCUUGCCUGAGCAAGUCAUACGACGACGGCGAUCCUGCUGUUCCCUCGAGGUCAGUCAGACCCGAGAACAUGGCCUGGAUCACGUACACGUCCGGCAGCACAGGGGUUCCCAAGGGCGUGACCCUGGAGCAUCGAGGCCUAUACAAUGUCGUCCUAAGCAAGGGCGCCAACCAGAGCACGGGCCCCACGACACGCGUGUUCCAAUUCGCUGCCUUUACCUUUGAUGUCUCCAUCAGCGACAUCCUCAUGGCCUGGACAUGUGGGGGGACCGUAUGCCUGCCUUCGGAGGAGGAGCGGAUGAACGACCUUGUCGGGUCCCUGCAGCGACUCAGGGCCAACAGCGCAGCCCUCACGCCCAGCACGGCGGCGCUGAUCCCCCCGGCCGAGGUCCCAGAGCUCAAGGUUCUGGCCCUGGGCGGUGAGGCCAGCAGCCCGGGCUUGGUGCAGAAGUGGCUUCUGGAUUCGAAUGUCACCCUGCUGAUCAACGGCUACGGCCCGGCCGAGUGCUCCGUGACCAGCACCCAAAACUUGGGCUUGACAGACGCGAGCGAAGCCUGCGUCAUUGGCAGACCCUUGCGCGGCACCCAGGCGUGGGUCGUGGACCCUCACAACUGCCACCGCCUUGUGCCCAUCGGCGCCGUAGGGGAGCUUCUUCUCGAGGGCCCUCAGGUCGCGCGUGGCUAUCGCAACGACCCGGUCAAGACCUCGGCCGCCUUCAUCACGGAUCCCGGCUUCACUGCAGACGUGGGCCCCCGCGGUUCAGGACGUCGCAUGUAUCGCAGUGGCGACCUGGUGCGAUACGACGCCGAUGGUAAGUUGACGAUCCUGGGUAGAAGCGAUUCGCAGAUCAAGAUUCGCGGCCAGCGCGUCGACCUUGGCGAGAUUGAGUCGUCCAUCCUGAAACUCAUGCCCAAGGUCCGAAUGGCUGUGGUGGAGUAUCUGCCGAUUGGUGACCAUCAACGCGCACUCGUUGCCGCUCUUGAGUUCUUGGCUCCUGACGACGAUGACGGCGACAGCGACAAUGACAAGAGCGACAUGGCACGUCAAUCGGCAUGGCUCAGGGAUGCUCUGGCUCGGACAUUGCCGGCCUACAUGGUCCCGAGAGUGUAUCUGCCGAUGGACACGGUCCCCAAGAACGCCUCUGGAAAGGUCGACCGCAAAGCCGUCCGCCACUUCAUGGUGGGCGAGGGCAUCCAGCUCGCAGAUACACAGUCUCAAAAUGCCGCGCGACGUGGCAAGGUCGAGACCGACACUGAGGCCGUCCUCCGUACGCUAUGGGCAGCCGUGCUCGGGGUCGAAGCAGAGACGAUCGACCGGCACGAUGACUUUUUCGGCCUCGGGGGUGACUCCAUCAGCGCCAUGAAACUCGUUGCUACUGCCAGGACGACGGGGGCUCUUGCUAUUCGUGUGCUGGAUAUCUUUGAGAACCCAGUCUUGCUCAACAUGGCCGUGGUCGCGAAAAGUCUCACUACACCAUCGGCAAUGGAAGCGGCUUUACCGCCCCCUUACCGUCCUUUCCAGCUGCUCGAAGGCGUAGACAAGAAUGGAAUCGACGCCUUCCUCGACGAGGUCAUCUGCCCCGUGACCGGGACCGGAAAGGCAUCGAUCCAAGACGUCUUCCCGGCCCCUGACGCCGUUGCCUUCAACGCGGUAGGCGCAUUGACCGCGGCUCAGGCAGAAGUGAAUACCUUUGUCCUCGAUACAGACCCCAGCCUCCAUCUAGGUCGACUGCAGCAAAGCUGCAUGCUACUAGCGCAGCAUGUCGAAGCCUUCCGCACUACCUUUGCGUUUGAUCUUGGCCGCAACAGAAGGCUUCUCCAGGUUAUCUUGAAGUCCUAUGAGCACAACGUGCCAGUGGUCAAGGCGGAGGGCUCGCUGGAGCGUGCCACCGAGCGCUUCGUCGAAGAGACCAUGUGCCGUCAACCUCUUCGACUCGGCACACCCAUGGUGCAAAUGGCUAUCCUGUGGCAAGAGGGGAGCAAAGCGACCCGCAUACUAUUACGCAUGUCACACGCUAUAUACGACGGCAUGUCUCUUCCCAUCAUCAUGGAUACGCUCCGCAAGCUGUACGACCAAGGGGACGCCUAUGCGGAGCCGCCCUUGAGCUCCUUCGCCGCCUACGUCGCAGAUCUAUACCGGCAAACAAGUGACACAAGCUACAGUUACUGGCGCAGCGUACUUGAAGGGUCCACCAUGCCUGCGCUUGUUCCAGAGACAGGGUCCGGCCAACUGACCCAUAUGCGCAUGGCCGUCACCAAGGUCAAGGCGAUACCACUGCCGACACCAAAGGGUGAGGGAAUCACCACCUCCGCCAUCAUCAGCUGCGCAUGGGCGCACGUACUGGCCCGGUUCACCGGGACGAGCGAUGUGGUGUUUGGAGAUACGAUUUCGGGGAGAAACGUGGUCGACCCGUCCAUCAGCGGUACCGUUGUCGGCUGCUGCGCAACCAACGUGCCGAUGCGGAUCAGGUUUGCCAAUGGCUCUGGCGCCAAGCACUCGGCCCUCCAACUGCUAAAGCAAGUGCGAGAUCAGCAGCGGAGUCGCAUUCCCCAUGAAGGUGUCGGGCCCCGCUCCAUGAUUCGACAGUGUACGGACUGGUCUCCAGCGACUCGCUUUACCUCCAUCGUCAACCACCGACCAGCCAGGCCAGCGGCCCGAUCCGCUAGCGGACAGAUCGGUUUCCAAGUGAGCACCAUCACUACGGAAAGGAACCCACUCACGACUUGGUACGAUCUUGCCGUCCUCUCGCGCGAGAACGAUGGCACUGUGGAGAUGAGUCUGGGUUACUCGACAAUGGCAUUCCACCCGGACACGGGUCAGGCGUUGCUAGACGAUCUUGUCCACACUGUUCGUAUUCUUGUGGAGGCUUUGCCUUCUACCCUUGACCAAACUAUCAUCCAUGGAACGCCGGCGAUGCCAAGAUCGGCCUCGGAUGCAGCCAUGUUGCGAUCAGUAACGACUCCUCCUACACAGCAGCAGACGAAUCCAAGCCAACGGGAAGGCAGACCAAGCAACGCCAUGUCCACCAACAAAGCUGACGACACCAUUCCCCAUGUUCUCGAUACAAUCUGGUUCGCCACGUUUCCCUCUGAGCGCACAAGCGCGGGAACGAUGCCGUCUGAGAAGCCGCCUACUCCAGAAGACAUGCGGUACCUGCCGUUCUACCGGCUGGGAGGCGACUUGCUUGAUGCCGCCCACUUCAUUGCCUCGAUACAACGCAGGAUCAAGAGCGCCGAGGCGCAUGUGAAUGGGGACGCCGUUUCACAUGCGCCGCAACAAACACAAGUCACGAUCGACGACAUCAUUCAGCACCCUAGCCUUGUGGAAUUUGCUAGUGCUUUGCAUCAACAGCGACUUGUAUUGGUAUAA